AAGGAAGCGGUGUAGACGGACACGAAGAUGCCAUAACAAACAGCAACAGAAGAGCUGCAAAGGCAAAAACUUGUGCAAAAUGAGGCGUGGCGCUUCAGUUUAGAAUACCCGAGAAAAUGACUGACGUGAGGAUCUGGCGUAAAAGGAGGCGGGGCGAGAAAUGAUGUCAAUCAUGUUAUGUUGAUGUACAUACUCGCGGUCUCAUCACACGCGAGCCGUUCUCCAGGUAAACGCAAAGUGCCGAGGACAACGUAAGCAAGGUAAAGUGGUCUGCUUGAGGUUGUGUGUGUCCAUGCAUGUAUGAGGAUCAGGAUGGAUGUGGAGGAGACAGGAGCAGGUCAGAUGGAGGCAGAGGCCGUAGAGGAAGAGGCACCAGCUCCCAAACGUGGGAGAGGACGACCCCGCAAACAACCACAGGAGUCUGUUGAAGCCUCUGCUCCCAAGAGGCCGAGAGGAAGGCCGAGAGGCAGUAAAAAUAAAGGCCAGCGGGUCACUGCCAAAGUAGAGCCACCUAGAGAACGGAGACCUCGAGGUAGACCAAGAAAAUGGCCUCAGAAGACUGUUCAUCAGGAAGAACAGCAGCCUGAUCCUGCCAUUCAAGGGGCGGAGUCAACAGAGGAGCCGCCCAUUCAGACUCCGCCUGCUGCAUUACCAUCGCAGGAGAGCGACUAAAACUACCUCAGUGUUGACUUUGAUACUACAUCAGGGGUAAUUCAGCGAAUAUCUCAACUGCCUCCAUGUACACUGUAACAGGUGAAUAUGUGCCAGUGCUCGCUAUGUGCCUUUGGCAAGAUCAGACUACAUUUUUUUCAUCUCAAAAGCGACCCUAAAACCUGUAUACUACCAUCACAAGUCUUUAUGGUGGACACCUGACUGCAGGUUACCCUGCCAUUUUAAAAACUAAAAAUAAUAUUUUUUCUUUUUGUUUAUCAUCUAGAUCAGGGGUGGCGAACUCCGGUUCAACCCUAAUAAAAACUCACCGGCCUGUAGCUUCCUAGUCACCCUUUAGACCUUGAUUGGCUAGUUCAGGUGUGUUUGAUUAGGGUUGAAACAAAACUCUGCAGGGCUGCGGGUCUUCGCCACCCCUGAUCUAGAUUCUUAAAGAAAUGGUUCACCCAAAAAUGAACAUUUGCUGAAAAUGUAACCAUCUUGCUCACCAAUGGAUCCCCUGCAGUGAAUGGGUGCCGUCAGAACGAGAGUCCAAACAGCUGAUAAAAACAUCACCACUCCAGUCCAUCUCAUAUUUAAAAAUACAACAGCAUAUUUGUUUAAAGCUGUUUUGGACUGUUUUAAUACUUGGAAAUGGUGAAGUUAAAUAUGCCCUAAAUUAUGGAAACACUCCGCUUUUUGCUUCACAAGAUGUUAGUUGAUAGACUGGAGUGGGCUGGAUUACUUGUGGAUUAUUGUGAUGUUUUGGUCACUAAUUCUGACGGCACCCAUUUACUACAGAGGAUUUACUGGUGAGCAAGUGAUGUAAUGCUAAGUUUCUCCAAAUCUGUUACCAUGAAGAAACAAACUCAUUUACAUCUUGGAUGGCCUGAGGGUGUGUAAAUGUUCUGCCAGUUUUCAUUUUGGGGUAAACUAAUCCUUUAAAGUGAACUAGAAACAGAAUUUAAACUUAAAACACGUUUUAUUGUGCACAAUUUUGCCCAAUACAUGUAACAUUCAAGAUUUUGGAGUUUAAAGAAAAAAUUAAAAAUCCAAAGAUGAAAUCAUCACCAUAUAUGGAUGAUGCCUGGGUUAUAUUAAGUGUGUUUAAUCUUCUCAGGAUUCUGGAAACAUUAUAUUACCAAAACUUGAAAUUUGCUCCUCAGUCAAAUGUUGCGACUUUUUAAAUGAUUGAUCUUAAUGUAUAAUGCUCAUUUUUAUUGUUUUAUUUUAAUAUUUACAAUGGAAAGAAUAGAUUCAAAUGCAUCUGUUUACACCAAAUGAUAAUGAGUUCAUAAACAAUCAUUAUAAUUCACAACAUGAUGAUGGUGAAAUUCAGUACCUCAACGUCAGAAACCUCAAUGAUUUUGUUUUCUCACACAUACUAUACAAUGGAUUACUUGUCAUUUUUAAAUAUUCUCAGUGACCGGUCUCUAGAACAGGAUAACAUUUUGGCACUAUAUUUUCAUAAUUUUCAUAUUUUUUUAAUCAUUGAGUCUGCUAUGAAUUAUGUUAUUGUGCUGAUUUGGGAUGAUGUUUAGAACAUGACUGAUGUUUAAAGCAUUUCCUAUUGACAGUACAGUUGUGUUGUGUUAAAUAUUACAGUUCACUUACAGUAGAUGCACUUAAAAACAGGUAUAAUGGUUCUUCACAAAAUUUUGUUCAAAAAAGAACCUUUUUCUGAUCAGGAAGUUUUUAUGCAUCAUGGUAUAUAGUGCUAUGUAUUAAAACAUUUGACAAUGUGCCUCAUUAAUACAGACUCAGGUAACUUACCUCUUUUUUUGUUUUUCAAAGGCCAGUAAUGCUGUUUAUGCAACCGUAUGUCAGUGAAUAAAGUUUCUGUUUGAGACACGUUUA